UGCACUUGACUUCAAUGAAGACACUACACCUCAAAUUGAUUUUCUUAGGGUAAAAGUUCGAAUUAUCUUCACAAAUAGGCUCCGUUUCUUUAGGAGGGUUAGGUUUCAGUCCGGGGAACGUGCUAUGGUGGGUUUUGAAUAUGAAAAACUUACAAAAAUCAGCAGAAACUGCAGCCGCAUAAACCACCACUCUCGAUCUUAUCCUUUUCUGGCUCUGCUAGUUGUCCCUGCAGAAGAUGAUGAGGAACUUUUGGUUCCGGUGUGGGAGGAAGGACAACGGUCUCAUACUCCUAGUCGAGGAACGGGUAACCGGAGUUCAGAAAGCUCGGAUAUAUCUUCGUACUCACCUAUCUCUCAACCUCCUCGUUACCCCUCUCCUUUACACAACGACUUCCAGACAGCUACAGAGCAACCUUUUCACAAUAUGGUGGCCACAAACCUUAAGGGUAAACAGGAGUCUACGGGAUCCAACGUUGUCAGAGAUUCCCAUGUCAAUCACCGUUUUGAAGUGGGAGAGAGCUCUAAGAGAAAGAAAGGCAAACAAAUUGCCUCAGAUCAGGAGAGGAAUACUAGCCCUCGCAGGAAAGAGAUGGGAGUCAAGUUUUACACGGGCUGUUUGAAUUUUUGGUUGUACAUGAAGAAAGAUAGAUGUUUGAACAAAAAGGAAGCAUGAUGUUCUUCCGCUGACUACUUUUUGAAGACAUUCGGCUACUAAUUCUCUGAAAGAUGCAGCUGUGAUGAGUAAGAUCCUAUCAUACUCCAAGCAAAUGUUCGAAGCUCUAAGCUCAACUCUAAUCUCAGAUUGGAUGUUUGGUCUUAUUGAGAGAGAUAUGAUGUCUGGUUUCUUAACAUUUUGCAUCGAUUUGCAUUGGAAGUUGAAUGUCUUAGUACUUAUGUUGUAAUCUUCAGUUUAGUGUUUGAUACAGUUUUAAUUUCAAGUUGUUUGGUUUGUGGAGCUAUCCACUCAUGUAUAUUGUGCAACUUUCAUCUUGUAACUUACUAUGUUAUAUAUAAAAUGA